GUGGACCACAAGAGCUGCCUAUGCACAGGCAAAUGUCAUUUGAUGACUGGAUUUGGAAAUUUAUGCUAGUACUGAUCAGCCUAUCGAUAUAUCAUGACACACUAGCUAGCGCUCCACAGCGCUACCUCUCAUGAUGCAGCACGUGGUUUUUUCAGCUGACUAUAUUGCUCACAACUGACUUGGUUGUGGCACAUUGACAGCCCAGUUGUUAUCUUGAUGCCUCUCACUACUGUUAUGACUCUCCCGGCCAUGUAUUCUAAGCUCCCUAUGACCCCUGGAUCCAAGGGUUGGCUCCCAAAAUCACCUUCCAAUACUACUACCCUAAUCGCCUCUCCGGCGAGAUGUGUACCACUUCAAGCUGAACAACUUCAGAAACCAGCAGAAUCUACUAUCACACUCCCAACAGACAGGCAACUUCCGGACAAGCAAGUACUUGCACACCUCAAAGCAGCAAUACAAGCAAGACUCGACCUCACAGAUGAUAAUCAAGCCAGCUUAAGCUUAGAGCAUUGUGCAAUUAUUCUUGAAGCUCUUCAAAACCCACAAUCAAACACGAUCGUCAUUGUCGGUAUCACACCUGCAGAGUACGCAGCAGUAUUAGCGUUUACAUCUGAAGAGAAAGCCUUUGAAGUUCGAGCAAAAUUCGCCUAUUUCGAGAACACGCAAGAACUUCAGAUCAUGCCCCCCCUCCCUGUCCAUGAACAACCAGCUGCCCACCUUUCCAAGGCCAUUAACAAAUUCACGGAUGCUCUUCCAUACGACAAACUCUUGGUCGACGUGACCGUGCACCUCAACCACCGGAUCCAAAACAAAGACACAACGAAUAUCCCAGAUUUACACCUCGCCGUCACAACUCAGCCGCCAGAGGACGACGGUGCGGACGAAAUUGAGAUUCCGAAGCCUGUCUCGAAAUGGGUCGGGGAGUGUGGACUUUCGUCAGACCAUGACUUCAUGGUGCGGAAACUGAGAGUCACGUGCGACGGCCAUCGUGACAUUGAUCUUGCUCUGAUCAUGUCCUUCAAAGAGCGGUUUGGAUGGCAACAGCCCAAGAAGACGAGUAUCGCCGCUCAAACUCUUCGUACGGUUCCCGUAUUGGAAUACGAAGAAUUCGUCCCUGCACGCAUAAAGAAGAAUCUGAAGUUUGGUCCGGUCACCAUCCACUCUCAUGUGUGGAUCGACAUCAGCGAGAUUCGAUACAGCGUAUUCAGACGUGGCGCGGAUGGCCACUUUAAUUUUAACAGCAAGAAUCCAGACACGUUUGCAGAGGGGACCCUUUACCCCACGGUACAUAUGUCCGACGUCGAACGCAUGUUGAGGGAUGGCGCAAACGCGUUGAAGGAGUACAUUGUUUCCUUGAUGCAAGGGAUGAGUUUAGAGGCGUCUGCAAUCCAGCUUGUGCGCGAAUCCAAUCCCAUUUUCGAGCCCGUUUGGGGGGCUGCUAUCAAUCAAAUAUCUUCUGCCAUAUAUCUUACAGCUUACUGCCGUUACUUGGAUUGGCGCAACCACAAGUACAGCAAACGUAAGAUCUCGCAGACUGCUCAAUCCUCAAGCACCGGUGAUCAAACUACUGCCUCCAUCUCGUCUGUUCCUACAUUGGCCUCCUCGUCUAAUCCUACAUUAGCCUCGUCUGAUCCGACAGUCUGUUCCUCUGCUGGGCUCUCGCUUGAUAUGCAACCCGAGCCCUUGGCAAAGAAGGCCAAGACCAAAGCUGCUGAGGAGCCAAGGCGAAGCCGAAGACGAAGAAGACGGAGACAAACAGAAAGGGGAAGGGGAAGUCGGGACUCUAGGCUGGAGCUGUAUAUCAUCGAGGAUUGCAGUACUAGUAGCCUGCUAUGCAAUCGCCAUCGUUCUCGCUUACAUGCUGUCAUGGCCACUCUCAAUAUACCCGCCAAUAUCUGUGUACUUGUAGGUUCUUUCGCAUCAGACUAUAGUAGUAUUACUACUAGUGCUCAUUGUAUCGCUUACGUUUGAAUAUCACAUCACGGUUGACUUAGAGUUGUCAAUCACCAGUGCCCGUGACGACAACUUCCUGAUGCCGGCGGCAGGAGGUUUGAUGGAUGGAUAGCCUGUGGUGGAUACGAGGGCCGCUUGGCAAUCCAUAAGCCUGGUUUUAAAAGUAUGAUGAUAUUGCCGGUGAACUGGAGUAGUACUAGCAAAAGAAGGAUGAAUGGGAG